ACCCACUCAUAUUAAAACUCUUUAAACAGGUGUAGCCCCGUUAAAGAAGAAUCUGUCUCCAAUAAUUCUAAAUUUGUUUGGGGAAAAUUAAGCGUCCUGGAAAAAAAAAAAAAAAAAAAAAAAAAAGCAGAUGCUUGUCUCAUUUUUUGCGGGUUCGAAGGUGGAUGGAAGCCAUUGGUUCUGGGGAGCUGAUGACGGUGAGAGCGCACCGUGUUCUCCGAGCGCCUUCUUCAGCUUCUUUCUGCACCCAGCAGCUGGGACCACAGCACCAUGUGGAGCUGAGCUGCAUUUCUCUUGUCUCUCUCUCUCUCUCUUUCUUUUUUUUUUACGCUUUAAACUCUCUUUUUCCCCAGACAUCAUCAGCUCUGGUUCAUUUCAGAGCGCGUCCCAGGAGCGCGCAGAGCGGCGCACAUUUGGAGACGAGGGGGGAAAAAAAAAACAAAAAAAGACAAUCAGUGCUCAGUGCAGCGCAGGCAGGUCUUUGCUCUUUUAAAAAGCAGCAGGGACGGCUGGCUGCUGGAGAGUUUGGCGCUGUCGGUGCAGGAGCUGAAGACGGACUCCGCUGCUGGUGGUGGUGGUGGUGGAGGAAAGCAAGAAUUAAAAAAACAGCGGAAUAAAGAGAGAGAGAGAGAACUUGGAUAUGGCUGCUGUGAAGACGUUCAACCUUCUCGCUGGAGUUGUUUGGUUGUUGCUCUGUGUGUGGAAUAUCCGAGCGGACAUCGGCGACGGGGUCUCUUAUUCGUAUGUGUUGGAGCGAGAUGGAGACGAGGGCGCAGCGGUGGACGUAAGGCUGUACAGUCACCGGUGGAGGAGGUGGCUUCCCCCAAAACCUCGUAACAUGGACAGCAACAGGGCCAGCCAGGAGCAGGAACAGGAGCCGGAGGAGCUGGAAGGUUUCCCCGGUCUGCUGUCCGCAGAGGACACAGACAACAGCUCCCAGAUUGAGUGCUUUAAAGGAGAGGAUAUCUUCGGAUUUAAUGUCUUUCUUUUCUUUGCCAUGUUCUGCGUCUUUCUUCAGAUCAGAAGGGGCCACGACUCGGGUGUUAUUGUGGUUUGCUUUAAGUUGAAUUUAUCCAGUAUGUGGGAAUACGUAUAUUUUAAAUGCAUUCAUUUCUCUGUAGGCACUGCUCUGGUGGUGCAGUGGGACCACGUCCACCUGCAGGACAACUAUAACUUGGGCAGCUUCACCUUCCAGGCCACGCUGCACAACACAGGAAGGAUUGUCUUUGCAUACAAAGAGCUCCCCAUCGAGAUAUCACAAAUCAGUUCUGUCAAUCACCCGGUGAAGGUGGGCUUGUCUGACGCCUUUGUGGUGGUCCACAAGAUCCAGCAAAUACCCAACGUAAGACGGAGGACGAUUUAUGAGUACCACCGCGUGGAGCUUACGAAGACGAGGAUCACCAACUCUUCGGCUGUGGAAAUCAUGCCUUUACCCACCUGUCUCCAGUUCACCAGCUGUAGUACCUGCAUCUCCUCUCAUAUUAACUUCAACUGCAGCUGGUGUCAUCGGCUCAACAGAUGCUCCAGUGGUUUUGACCGCCAUCGGCAGGACUGGGUGGAUAACAGCUGCCCAGAUGAGACCAAAGACAAGAUGUGCGACAUAGACGACACGACGCAACUGCACACCUUCACCACCACCAUCACUGCCAGAACGGCAUCGAGAAGUAAAGGAAGCACAGCAGGCUGGGGCACACCUUCCACCUCUCAUCCUCCCACCAGCGCUCCUACUGAAGAUGACACCAAGAUUGCGCUGCAUCUCAGAGACAACCAAGUAAUGCCAGCUGACAGCGCCGUCAACAGGGUGCCGGGCACGCAUCCUCUGCACACGGGUCUGAUCUUGGGCAUCCUGCUGGUGAUGCUCAUCAUGAUUGCCGGCGUUCUGAUCACGGUCUACAUGUACCAUCACCCAACCUCUGCUGCCAGCCUCUUCCUCAUCGAGAGACGCCCGAGCAGGUGGCCGGCCAUGAAAUUUCGCCGGGGCUCGGGUCAUCCCGCGUACGCUGAGGUGGAGCCGGUGGGCCACGAGAAGGAGGGCUUCAUCGAGUCAGAGCAGUGCUGAGGGAGGAGGUGAGGCAUUCUCAUCCCCCACCUGGUGCCUCCCUCUCAACCCAUCCUGCUUCAUCGGGAGCCUCUCACCCAGAACCUCCAGGAUCGACCUAUGGGUUUAGGAGCUUUGGUAAAACUCUGAAUUUGGUCCUUUAGAGCUAGAUGAAACCCACUGAACAGCUCCUGUCGGUGAGGAACAGACUUGCCGGGGACAGGGGGGGGGAUGGGACGGCACUGAGGCAUCAUCAAUUCAGCUGGCAUUGAUAAGGAUUUCUGGCUGCUGGAGAGACUGGACUGACUGAUUGUUUUUUUUUGUCCAAGCAGGAAGCAGGGUGACCUAUACAAUAUAUAUUUUCAGAACCAAUACAGAGUAAGUGAACAGAGACUUCCACUUGAUUGCCAGUGGUGUUAUAAGCCUUUGUAUAUCCAUCUGAUUUAUACUAGUUUUCCUUUUUGUUCCUUUCUUUUUGUUUUUGUUUUUUUUGCAAUUAUCAGUACGAUAGGGUUGGCACAUUUCUCUGUUGGUAUUGCUUUUCAAUACCACAGCAGAUGUAAUUGACUUUUCCACAGCCUGCUCUGCUGUGCGACAUGACGUGAGCUGAACAGUCGUUGAGAUCAAUCAGAAACCCUGAACACUCAGCUUCUUUUUUUUAUGGCUUAGUUUAUGAUGAUCGGCUGGAGAAACUUUUUUUGUUUUGUUUUCAUGGGUGAUGGGAACAUUUCUUUUGUGUUUUUUAUAUUCAUUAAGGCCGUGACCUUUUGUCCCUGACUAGAAUUUGCACAGUUUUUUUUUUUCUUUCAUUUUCAUGCACAUUUUUAGAUCUUGCAGAUUUACAAGACAGGUGCUUGUGAGUGUGAAUAUAUUUUCUGAAGUGUCAGUGAUUUGUGUGUGUGUGAAUACAGAGGAGUAGUUAACAGCACUGAUCUGCUUACUUUAUGGGGUUUUAUGCUUGAGCUGGCUCUGUACAGGUGACUCUUACAUUCAGAGGAUGUGCAGUCAGGUCUUUACAUACAGUCAUCAUGAUAAUGAAUGGCAUACAUUUUAAAUUGCUUCUAACCUUUUUCCAAAUUCUACAACUCCCAUUUAUUUUUGGGCAUAUAAAUUUUAAUCUUUUGUAGAUUUUCUUUGAGCCACUGUAAUAUUUGGUUAGCCACUUUCUAAUCAGUAGGAUUAUUCAGUUUGAAAGUGUCAUUUCAUUUUAUUUCAUUUCAGUCUUUGCCUAAUUUGAAUUUAUUGUAGAUUUUCUCAAAUCCUCACAGUCAAAUCUUCCUCACUAAUCUUUGAUUAAAUGUCCCAUGGCAAGUUGCACCUUGAUCACAGGCUUUUUGGUAGCUCUCACCAACAUUGUGUUAUGACACUGGCUUCAUGUUUAGCCACUUGUCAUAAGUGCAAAAUACUCCACAAAUUCUUAAUCCGAGGAUUCGGGUUAUCGUAAAGUUAACCUGCCUUAUUUACUCCAAAAUCACAGGUUAAAUAUGGGAUUAUUGUUCAUUUAAAGACCUAAUUGUGAUGACAUUUAACUUUUAAAAGUCUAACUUCUGAUUGGAAGUGAAUGAUAAGCCUUCAUUUGACACAGUCAGAUAGCACUUGUUUGAAAUGGAUUAUCCUAAAAUCUGAAAUACCCAAGUUUGUGAAAAUAUGCAUUUCCUCUUGUAGAUUUUCAAUAAGUUUUCCAAUGUUCUGAGACUGUGUGGAGAGAGAAAAUCCACAUUAACAUCCAGUUAAAUUACGUUUAGAAAAUUGUUAAAAAUAAUUAUAAUAAUUAAUGUAAUGAAUGUAUGUAAACAUCUGGCCGUAACUAUUUCUGAAAGCAAAAAGUCACUGAUUGGAGUUUUAUUGAAUCUAAAGGACUGUUUCCUUUUCUAGUUUCACAGCAGGAAAUAACCAGUUCUGAACACAAUAAUGUAUAUACCAAACCAAAACAUUUGCAGAUUCAGGUAACUCAUGGCAAACAUUUAUAUUAUAGCAGUGAUGGUACUGAGAGACAUUUUUUUAUUUUUUAUGAGUGGCCUUUUUUCCUCUACUUUUUUACUUAAAUGUGAACUCUGUUGUGUUUCUCUUGCUGUCACAGAUCGAUGCGCAAUCUAAACAUUAAUUUUUGCUGAUUACACCAAUGAAUGUGGACUUAUUGUUGAGGCAGACGCUCAAGAUCAAUAUACUGAAAUUCUAAAUGCAAAACAAAAAAGUGCAAUGCUCCAUCUGUUCAGGACACAGAAAAUGCAUAAACUUUCCAGUUGUUUUGAUGUUUAUUUCUGCUCACACCACGUUGCCAUCACAUUGAAACCAAAGACUAAUCAGAAUGAGAGUGGAAACCAUUUUCCCUCGCAGCCUCCACACCUCACAACUCAGCUGCCAUUAGCGGUGGCUUUGAUAAAGUACUGUUACGAUAGUCAGGAGCCAUUUUCUGUUAUUAAAAACUGUGUACAAAGUAUUCUUUGAAAACAGCAAAAAUUGUAAAACAUGCUAAAUCCUUCUCCUUGGUAAUAUAUCUUUAAAUUAUCAAUAACUCUGAAGGCAUGUAAACAUUUCCAAAUACAUAGAAACUUUAAAACAUUAUAAGGGUGAAAUUAACAAUAACUACAAAUACCAGCCAAUAACGUUUUUAGUUUAGGCUGAUACUAGAAGCUUCCUGGAUAAAACGCAAAAAUAUAUAUACAAAAUAUAUAAAUUUUGUAUCCAAUGCUAACCAAUUUUCUGAUUUCAAGUAAGUAAGUAAGUUAACAUUGAGAUAUUUUCUGUUAAAUAGAACUAAGACAAUAUUAGCAGUAGUUAUGGAAGCUAGCUAACAGAGCUUUUUGUUUAGGCUAAUGCUAGCUGUUCUUUGACAUUAACACAGAAAGAACAACUCAUUUGUUAGUAUCAAAUGUAUGCCUUUAUGAUUUGAAUUAAAUGAAUACCUUAUUCUUUUUUUUGAGAUUUUAUAGAGGUUCUAUAGACAAAAUAGGCUAUAACUAUAGAUGUUAGCAUGCAAAGCUUCUAGCUUAGGCUUGUGCUAGUAGUUCUUAAAUUAAUCUCAGAAAAUACAUCAACACCCCUACCAAAAUGACACAAUAAUGUGUAAAAUAAUGUUAUUUUGACUUACAAAAAUAUUUAUUUUCCUAAAUUAAUAUAAUACUGUUUUAAUAAAGUUGGUUUUCUGUUUAAAACUGUAUGAGCCACAUUUAAAUACCACAAUAAAAACACAUGUUCCGAAUGGCUUAAUUGUGCAGAACACAGGAUAUUGUUUAUCCAAACAAUUAUCGGUCUAUUUGCAAUUUUAACAACAGAGAAUUUGGCACGUUUGUUUGAGUAAAACAUUUUACUUUUCAUUCUUUUUUGAUGUACAAUAAAAUAUUCAGGCUAAAAAAAAUGCUUUGAAUACAUUCAUACAAACAAAACCGGCAUCUGCCAUUUACAAAUAUUUAUGUGCUGCUGUCUUCAAAAAGUCAUUGAUGCAGUCUGCUCGGAAGUCAUCGUGACCCAUGUCUAAGUUGAUGCUUUUAACUGUAACACGUCAACGAUGUGUAUCAGAAAAUGUGUCCGUUAUUUUCUAUUAAACAUCCCACAUUGGCACUUGCCAGCAGCCAGUGCUCCGAGAAGAGCAUCCCCCUAUCAAAACUUCUGCUUAGAAGCUUUGCAGCUUCUUAUAAAACUACCUGCAACUAAUGUUUUGCAAUUUGUUCUUACACUGCAUAUUUAAGUUAAGACUCAUAAAAUGUAUGUUAAAUCCACCAAAGGACAUCCUUCAAAUGUUUUAAGACUCUCAAAGAGAGUUAGCCUUGAGACAAAUAAAAAAAUAGUAUCAGUGCAGCUGUAAACACUUUUUAAUAACAGUUUUUAAAUUGUGUUGCCUCCACUAACAUAUCAAUCUACCUUAAGUCUUGUAAAAAAAAACAACUAAAUGACAGAAUAGCAUUGCUCUUAAUCCUGCAGCAUGGGGUAGACCCCAGUUCAUAAUGAUCAGAACUUACAAGAGGACAAAAUAUUUCUUGGAAUUGCUUCUGCCUCCUUUAGAGCCUCCAUAUUCAGCCAUACUUUUGGAGAACUGACAUCUCUGUGAAAGUAAAGAAACUGUGCCCCACAGGAAGUUCAAAAACAUUCAUUAAUGUUUUCAACUGCCAAUUCAUAAAAUUGCCAAAUGCAUCUACAGAAGUCACUAUUCUCAAGAGCAAGAGCAACUAAGGGAGAAGGCUUAGCAUCAAAGCUAACAGUUUCUUUUUUUUUUUUCUUUCGUCUUCUUUACAAUCAAAGUCAUG